AUGGGUCGUCACAGCGUCGUCCUGGUACGUACGGGAGGGAUGGGCGAGGCACGCGCAGCCGUAACGGCAUCGGGCUGUCGGGAGAGCUUCCCCAUGAUCCGACCUGCCCUCGUUGUUGGGGUCUGUGGCGCUGUCACAUCCCACCAGGCAUAUGAGCAGAUCGCCGAUAGGUACGGCAUUGAGGAAAGCUCCGACAGCGAAAUCGAUAACGCCGAUGAUGAGCAAAUCACGAGAGGCUCGGCAGGCGUUGACGACAGUUACCAGCGCGCCCCCCUCACAGCGAGGGCAGACGAAUUCUGUUUACAAGUCAAGCCGAUACCAAAAGCUAUCAGUGCCGACCGUCUGGACGACCAUCAGGCCGCCGACCGUCUCUUGGAGCUGCUCACCUACCUCCCACUCGCCAUCACGCAAGCAGAGCACCUUGGUCUCUUCCGAAACACCGAGCGUGGCAAGAUGGAGCUGCUGAGCUGA